UUCCACAGCACUCUUCCCACCAUCGUCUCUUUAUACGCGUCAUACCACAGCCCAGCGUGCCGUCUGCCCCGCCCGGCGCCGCCCGUAUACGCGCUGCGUGGGCCGCGCUCUCGGCGCUGCCCAUCGGCGUUUGAUGGUGUGGCUAUUUGCGCAAACAGUGCGGUAAUUGCCGGCAGAACGAUAGUCGCUAUCGGCCGACCGGGACCCGACAGCUGCGCGUCGGCACCGGCGGGGUCAGAGUCGACAUCGACGUGAGGUGGAGAGAGUCGCUGUGGCCGAGAGUCCUUCUCCAAGUAUUUUGAGAGGAUAUCGAACGGGGAUUGCGGUAGUGGAUCAGAAGAGUUCAAGUGUUUCCUGAAGAUGGGUUUAAAUCCGUGAAAGGGCAUUGAAGAUCCGAUAAAAGAGACUAAGAAGCAAACACAAGACCAGCGUGAGUUCUGUGUACUGUACUGUCAGCGAUGCUACCAGCAAUGACUCGGAAAACGACUGCUAUUUGAGUAGGACGUUUUCUUAUCAUUUCAGUUUCCAGCUAAAUUAGGCUGGCCCAGUGCAGACCACGAACUAUGUGAAUCAAACGGCUAUCCUCUGGAGUGAUCGGAGGCCGGCCACUCUCAAGUGACACAGUGGCCGUGAGACAGACUCUUCGUCUUCAGCUGGUACUGCAGUGAACAACGGCCUCUCUAUUUGCUCCGCAAGACAACUGCGCUCGUCUGUAGCCGUAUCCAGCGGGCAGCUGUCUCUCCAACCUCACCAGGCUCCCCCUACGCUCACCAUGCAGCUGGGCGCUCCGUGGGGCUCGGGCCGACCGCCUCCCACCGAGCCGGCGCCCUCCAACUGCUCCCUGGGCGGCUACACGGCGAUGACGCCGUACGUGGUCACUUUGGACGCCAUCGUGUGCGUGGCGGCUGUGUCCGGAAACCUCCUGGUCAUGGUCGCCGUGGCGCGGUUCCGCUCCCUCCGCACCACCACCAACACCUUCGUGGUCGCAUUGGCUGGUGCUGAUCUCCUGGCAGCGCUCUCAGUGCCCUACUACAUCUCCUUCUACUUUGACGUGUCGUACCGAUGCGAGGAGGGGCCCUGUCUGGCGCGCUACUUUGUCACCAACGCCACCAACACCAUGUCGAUCCUGCUGCUGGUAGUCGUCUCGGUGGACCGGUUCGUGGCGGUGAAGCUGCCGCUGCGCUACCCCGCUCUGAUGUCGCGCCGGAGGGCUCUCUCGCUGGUCGUGAUCAUCUACGUGUACUCUCUGCUGCUCAACUCGAUCGUACUGGUGGACGAGCUGAACGCCUGGACGCCGGCGGCUGCCGAGUGUGACCUGGUGUACGUCCUGCCGGCGGCCACGGCUGUCCCGCUGGUGGCUGGGCACGUGCUGAUGGCCCUGGCGGCCACCACCGGCCUCUACGUGGGCAUCUUCCGCGAGGCGUGGCGUCAGAACAGGAUGGCGCGGGAGGUUACCGGGCCUGGGCCGCGCUGCCACCGGCCUUCCGGGGACACCAAGACCGCCUGUAUGAUGGUGCUGAUACUGGGCUGUAAUACGGUGGCCAUGCUCCCGUACGCCUUGGGAGUGUGCCUCAGAUAUGCGUACAUUGAGAACAUAUACAUACAUGAGAACGUCCUCUCCGAACUGAAGAAGGUAAACCAGAUGUUCGUGUCAUUAUACUUCGCCAAAUCAGCCAUCAACCCGGUGGUUUAUGGCUGGAAAAACGCAGAAUUCGCCGCAGCAUUUCGGCAGAUUGUCGGCUGUGGCGACCGAUCUAAGCUACGGCGACAUUCAGCCAGCGCCAUCUGCACAGUAUCUGGGCGACUGCGGCGCCACCUGGAUCCAGUGAACGAACUGUCCAGCUCAGCCUCCGUGGAAACCAUCGAUACUUAUCUGUGACACAUUUAGUUAGCGAUAGAUCAGUGUUUCGUGAAGAUAAUAAGCUAUAAUUUAUUUUUCUACAUAUUCGUUGAUGGUAUGCAUUUAAAACUUGUAUCAGCACAAAUUUGAUAGCUUGCAUCGGCAAAUAUCCUAAUUCCUAUUCAAAAAGUCGUGCAGCAUGUGAUCGGAACAAUGACCAUGCCCCAAGCGUAUGGUGAAACACAACAGGCAGUCAGAUACAAAUAUUUUCAAGUCAUUUUGACCAGCAUACCGUUAUAUUGAAGGCUCCUGUUAUGCUUAGAAAAUGUACUACGACAGCGAUGGUUUAUCGGUGCUUUUGCGAAAAGCAGCAGUACCUAUCGCUCUCGGUUGCAUCGUUUGCCUGACUUCCUUGCAUUUACUGGAAAUACAAUUGUCAGGGAGGAGAGCGAAAAAAAAA